AUGAUUAUUGAAUUAGAUGCAUCACACAAACAAGACUUAGUUCUUCUUAAAGCUAUAUCAAUUGAAGUUGUAAACGAAUUUUGUAAAAUUGCAAUAGAGUUUAUUAAAAAAGGUUCAAAUAAAAAAUUAUAUAUUGGUGCUUCACAAAAAUUAAAUAUACCAGUUGAUAAAAUCGAAAGUUUAGUAGAUUCAAUUUCACAUUUAUUUUCAGAAUGCUCAAGAUUUAUGUUAAACGAAAAUGAUUUUAAUGAUACUCUAGCACCAAUAAAAUUAGAAGAAGAUAUUGUAAAUCAUUUAAGAGAAUGUUAUUUCGAGAAUAGAAAAGAUAUUAGAGUUUCACUUCAAGAAUUUUACCCAAAUUUAGACCAUUAUCAAAGUUUAGAAUGGAGAUUAGAUACACAAAUUGCAAAUCGUAGUUUAGGCCAAACUAUUAACCCAAUUUAUAUGUUAAAACUUUUAACCAAAUCUGGUGCAGAUCAACCUUCAACUGAACAUUUACUUCAAACAGACCCAAAUAAUUUAAAGCAUCUUUGUAAUGAGUUAGAAUCAGCAUUAAAUGAAAUUAGAUCUUACGAAAAUAGAAUUAUAAUGAGAAAUAUUAAAUAA